UUUUUAAAAAAUCAUAUAACAUAAAAAAAACAUAUAAAUAAAAAAAAUUAUAAUAAAGAAACAAUACAAGUCAUAAUAAAAUAUCAUAGUUUUAUGAUGAAUGUUUUAAAUUAAAUUAGCAAAUAAAAUUUAGUUGCACGUUAUUCAACAGUAUUUGUGUCGUUCCCUGAAAUUUCGUUUCGAACUGCUUUUGUUAGCUAUUUUUAGCGGGUUUAUUUCUGGCAUCCCGCCGUUUUUGACAUCAGCUGUUCGAAAUUUCCUGAUUUUAAUAAUCAGGGAAAGAGAAUAACAGAAAAAUCAGGGAAAAUGAGAGAGUCUCGCAUCAUGUCAUCCUCGUAAUUUCAUCCUUGAUGUUGCUUCGUUCACAAAUAACAGAGAAAUAAAGUAUGAUUGCAUGUUCGACCGUUUAAACGAAAACCAGUUUUUUUGCAUCAUACCAUGUGUUCAUACAAAAAUGACAUGUAAACGCCGCUUAAGACAGAGAAAAAUGUUACCUUUCACACACAGCCUGUGUUUCAUGUUUGUAGGAAUUUCCAAUAUUUAACAAUGAAAUGCACACUUGUGUGUUGUGUAGGUUAAUAUACAUCAGAUUUUUAAAAAAAUUUAAUAAGCUUUCAAAUAAAUAACACACAACAAACAAAAUCAAGCUGAUACUUCAAAAGAAAUUGUAAUUAUAACUAUGAAAACCAAAUCCUACAUUUUAUUAUUAUUGGCUGUUGGCAGCUCUUAAUAUUGGUACUGAAACUUUAUUUCAAUUUUGACAGUAUAUUUUGUUUGAUAGAAACUUGUUCCAUAACACUGGCAAGGAUGACACUGGACACAAAAAUAACCAUAAGUGAAAGUGCAUCGAUAAAUUUGUAAAAUGACAGACAAAUCUAUAUCAACAAAUAAUUUAACUGAUAAUAACGAAUGCUCAAGAGUUACAAGUGAAAUUAAUAUUUGUGAUAACGAUAUUAAUCAUUGGUCAAACUUUUCACAAUGGAUUCAUUGUAUGUGUGUCAUAACAUUUGAUUUGAACAUAGGACAAGCACUUGAAUUUGUUUAUCCACCUCAAUUCGUACCUUCAGAGACAGAAACUGCUAAUAUAUGUUAUAUGGCAUUUCCGGAUUCCAACUCCGGCUGUAUGGGUGACACAAAAUUCCAUAUGCGUCUUCGAAGGAUGCAUAGAGAAAGUUACAACGGAAACUUGAAAAAAAUAUUUCACUCAUAUAACUCGGAUUGUAUAUCUGCUCUCCAUGUAGACGAUUCACAUUAUUGGGGAUUUGUGUAUUUCCGGCAAAAGCGUGAUGCUAAUCUUCCGAGAGGGUAUUUUCAAAAAAGUUUUAUAUUGGUGACGCAUCUUCCGUUUUGUAAUCUCUUCUAUAAUAUUGUGGAUCAACUGGCACCAAAGUACUUUGAAAAUGGCAACUCAAUUAUUAUAGGGGCUUGUGAUCAAAUAAACAGAACAUGGCCCAGGUUACAAGCAGGCGUUUUCUUGGACUUACAGCUGUUUGAUUACAUAUAUCAAAUUAAUAUACCAACGAUAAGUGGUAAAAAGGGCGGAACUGUUGGACAAACAAAUGAUACAAUUAAAAACACUUCAUCCAAUAUUUUCUCUAUGAAAAAUUUGAGUUCUGUUAACGAACUGGAACUAUUUCCAUGUCUAUGUUUCACUUUGGAGAAUUUGUAUACAUUGUGGGAAUUAGUGUUAAUUGCUGAACCUAUUGUAAUUGUUGGAACCUCACCCGCUGAUUGCUCACAUAUGGUGCAUAGUCUUGUUUCGUUAAUAGCUCCAAUUGAAUAUUGCGCUGAGGCACGACCUUAUUUUACAAUACAUGACAGCGAGUUCAGAGAAUACACGAGGGAAUAUGGAAAAACGCCACCUCCUGUAAUACUAGGAGUAACAAAUCCGUUUUUCAUAAAGUUACUCAAGGAUUGGCCGCACAUAUUGCGACUAGUCGAUAAUCAGAUUAACAUGCAGCAACAUCAACAACUUCAAAAAAUUAUUACAAAUUCGGAUUCAAUAACAUCAUUUAAUUCGAGCAGUAUAGGUAAUAUAAAAAAAGGAUUACCUAAUGCAGGCUCCUCUUUGGUACUAAAUUCAAGUGCAGCUAUCAGUGAUGGCGCGCUCCCAGGAUUGUACACGAAAUAUAAACCUUUUCUUAAAAAAGACAAGAAUUUAAUUAAAAAGGUUAUAGCGGGGGUUAAAACAAAACGACCUGAUCAUGUGCAAACAGCAUUAUUGCGCCGAAAUUUACUGGAACUUACGCAAAGUUUUAUGAUACCGCUGGAACGUUAUAUAGCUUCGUUAAUGCCCUUACAGAAAGAUAUAAGUCCUUUUAAGUCCGCACCAAAUGCAAAUGCUUUUAAAUUGGAAGACUUUUUGGCCACUAUUGAGCAUUCUGGACCACAUUUAACCUCGCCUUUAAAAGGUGAUUGGAAGGGAUUGUAUCGUAGAUUCUUCAACUCGCCAAAUUUUCGUGGAUGGUACAAUUCAAGACAUCGUGACCUACAAUUAACCUUACAAGACUUGCAGCUUCAAGCACUUUCGGUAGCGAACCUUGAAAAAUGGGCCCAAGAUAAGCAGGAGGUAGAAAUAAUAGACAUGAUACUUAAAUUAAAACAAAAAAUGAAUCUCUUCACCGAUAACACUAACAAUAGUACCACUCAAGAGCUAAUACGUGCCCAAAUUAAUUGUAUGAAAGAUCUUUUGCCUAAUGACUUAAAAAAUGUGGUUAAUAUUUGAUUUAUAAGCUGCUCAAGUGAAUGGAGCUAAUGUUAUGUGGGUUUUUUUUUUUUUUUACAAAGUUUUUGUUUUAAAUAAAUAUAGGCAAAGUUAACAAAUUUUAAAA